AUGACUCCUUUCAUGAGCCUUAAUGCCAUCUAUCUCGCCCUCGCCAUCCUCCUCUACCUUCUGGGCUACUUCUCCUUCAAGCCUCCAAAGCCCCUGCAUCGAUCUGUGCAACUGUCGGCGCUCAAGAGAUCCUUGCAAACGUACCCACAUUUCAACAAGAACAAACAAGACCGCGACCUCUUCUUCAAAUAUGCUGCGCAUUUUCUGGCAGAAGGUUCAGCUCCAGAGAUUCCCGAGGCGCAGGACUAUAUCGAAUUUGACCCACCAUUCGCCAUUUUCUUAUCCGUGGUUGUAACCCUUAUUCUUCUAGGAAUCACCGCUCUCCAGUGCGCGUUCUCCGCCGGCUUGGGUGAAGGGGCUGUGAUCUUCAGUCCGAGUAUAGAUCGAUGGUUGGCGCCUACUACGUUGGUGCUUCUCCGCGCGGGGAUAGUUAUUGUUUUUGCUCUGGCAGGAAUGAUGAGUUGGGAGUUCGGCUGGGCGACUAGGAUGAGAAGAACGUUGGGAGGGAUUAGAGAGGUGUGCUUGGAUGGGGAGAUAUGCAAAUGUUGUGGACGAGGCGGGGAUGAGGUAGUGGGUGAAAAGAGACGAGAAGUUCAGGAGGAGAGGUUGAGCUGGUGGAUUCAAGGCUUGUUAGGAAAGGAUGAGGAUAAUGCUGUAGAGGCUAGGAAAAGGAUGGAGGAGGUUAUUAUGCCUGUCAUUGAAAAGAUUCGUUACUGA